AUGGCAUUCUCCCUACGCCGAACGGUGUUUGCUAGUAUCCUCUUUGAGGCUGGUGCAAACCAGGCAGUCCAUGACAGUCAAAACAAUAAUCUGGUUCACCUACUGCUCCGUGGCAUCAGUGGCGAACCUUGUUUAUACGCAGAUGAAGCAUGUGAUAUGCUAGACUUAUUUGACCCUUCGCUAAUUCUAUCUUUAUUGACGGAACGAUCCACCGAAUGGCCAGGCUCUUUGACCCCAAUCUCCCGUUGGCUACACGGAGAUUAUAUGUUCUCGGAACGCAGGAGAUAUAUGUACGGUGCCGAAGAGGAGAAUAGCAGAAAAAUUGCUGUUCUUAUACUAUUACUCGAGUUUAAGCAAGUCACUGGACAAAAGCACCUUGAAGUAACUGACACAGAUGGAGACACUGCGCUCCAUAUUGCCGUCAAGCACAGUCAACUACAAUUGUUCGCGUUAAUGGUGGACUGCAGUCCUGAUUUGUUGAGCGUGGUAAAUUCAAAUGGCUGUACUGCGGCGGAGCUUGCAGAAGCUCACUGA